UCAUGACUGGGCUGCGGGGGCGAACGUAGUGAGUUCGCAGACGUCCGACUGUAAUAAAGACCAAUCAACAUUUAAUAUUUUGUUAUCCUACUUAAUAUGUAUUACCAGACAGUUUACUAUAAAACAUUUCAAAAUUCGAGCAAUAAGCAUUCAUGCAGUACAAGGAGUUUGACUCUACACACUAAAGCUUAUCGUAACUCUCGAGAAGAAAAAUUUGGAACGAAAAUGCCUCCCAAACCUGGUGUUGCUUCAAAAGGCGGAAAGAAAGCAGGCAAGAAAGCUGGAGUUGGUGGUGAUAAGAAGAGACGAUCAAAACGUAAAGAAAGCUAUGCAAUCUACAUUUACAAAGUCUUGAAACAAGUUCAUCCCGACACUGGUAUUUCCAGCAAAGCCAUGGGUAUCAUGAACUCCUUUGUCAACGAUAUUUUCGAGCGAAUUGCUGGCGAAGCUUCACGAUUAGCUCACUACAACAAGAAAUCAACGAUUUCUUCCCGAGAAAUCCAGACUGCUGUUCGUCUGCUCUUGCCUGGAGAGUUGGCAAAACACGCCGUCAGCGAAGGAACGAAAGCCGUGACGAAGUACACAAGCAGCAAGUAAAAAGGUUUCCAAAACCUAACUAAAAAAAAAAA